AGAAAAAGAUCUCUAAACAAAAAAAAAUACACCAAGCACUCACUACCACUUCUAUUAUUACUACUACUACUACUACUAAAAAGUGAAAAGUAGCAACGAAACGGGUUUUUAUUCUUAGCUUCUUCUGUACCGCACCCCACACAAAGUGAUUGUUUUCAGAUUGAAGAAGAUGGUGGACUUUGCUCGCGUGCAGAAGGAGCUUGCCGAUUGCCGCAAAGACGCUGAAGGAUCCGGUAUUCGGGUUGCCCUCAAAAGCGAUAACCUUGUUAACUUGAUCGGAACCAUUCCUGGUCCCACCGGAACUCCAUAUGAUGGUGGUGUUUUUCAGAUUGAUAUCACAUUACCCGAUGGAUACCCCUUUGAACCUCCAAAGAUGAGGUUUUCAACUAAAGUCUGGCACCCAAAUAUCAGCAGCCAAAAUGGUGCUAUUUGCCUGGACAUCUUGAAAGAUCAGUGGAGCCCGGCACUUACUCUGAAGACUGCACUACUUUCCGUGCAAGCACUUCUUUCUGCUCCUCAACCUGAUGAUCCUCAAGAUGCUGUUGUGGCACAGCAGUAUCUGAAAGACUAUCAGACAUUUGUCAAUACUGCUCGCUACUGGACAGAAAGUUUUGCCAAGACAUCAUCUCGUGGGGUUGAAGAUAAGGUACAGAAACUGGUUGAGAUGGGAUUUCCUGAAGCUCAGGUAAGGAACAUUUUGGAAGCUGUUGGUGGUGAUGAAAACUUGGCUCUUGAAAGGCUGCUGUAGCUUAUUUAUGAGAUAUUGACUAAAAUAUCUUGAUCAUUGUGAACUUAUUUCACAUGUCGACGUAAGAUGUUGGAAGCACAUAAACAAAAAGGGUUAAUUGGAUAUAAAGAUAAGUUAUAACCUAUUAAAGAUAUAUCGUAUAGUCUUUUUGGUUAAUUCUGCCUUUUAUUUGCUCUUUUGAAACAUUGUACCCGACAUUGUCCUAAUUUUAGAGUAGUAGGUAUGGGAGAAAAAAAAAGUACUAUGAAAUUGAUUGAAUCCAUUAUUAUUGGCAAGGUUUCUACUUCACGGAUAA